AUGACGUCCAAGCCCACAGAAUCCCCUUCACUCUAUCCAGGGGAAAUUCUCGACACCAUCGCCGGAUUUCCCGCAAUAUACCAUUUCCAGCCCGCCGUAAAACAAGAUGAGAACCCCGAGAAGACCACACCAUUAGUGGUGUGUAUCCCAGGGUCCAUGCAUUUGGCCCGAAUCUUCUACGGGGGGCACAAGGGAUCAAAAGAGAGCGAUUUCCUAGCACAUCACCUCAGCAACUUUGGCUUCAACGUUGUAUCACUCUCAUACCCAGUGGAAUCUAGUCCUGAGAUCAUGCCAACGACAGGUCCACACUUCCGAAUUCAAGAUUGGGGUCAUCAAGCAGCAACGAUAGCCAAAAAGGCGAUUGAGGACAAUUCCUUGACGACGCGAUCUAUCAUCCUUAUAGGAUGGAGCAUGGCCGGCCGAGUGGUUGUACCAUUCAACAAAGCAGCGAAGAGUCUGGAUCUGAACGUUGAACAAUUCAUCAGUUUCGCUGCUACUCCCGGCAUUUCCAACAUACGCAAUCCAGCUCCGGGAAUGGACUGCAGCAAAGCAGGAUAUUUUUGCAUUCCAACUCGGAUUGGUAACUUCUAUCAACAAAUUGAAGCGAUGGCAGGAUUCAACGACAACAAAGUUGCUAUUCCACGCGAUAUCUUUCUCCGUGAAUAUGUCGGGGGUACGCCGAUCAAUUUAACAGGAGUGAGGCUGAAAUACGACGGGCAAGGGGCUUUCAUCCAGGAUGAAGUGACUCAUGAAGAAGAUACAGAAGUCUUCGAUAUUGGCAAUAUCCCUUUCAUAACAGCCUUGUAUCCGAAUAGUAUUCUCGAUGCUAGUCAUUCCCUUGCAGACCGUGCGACCUGGGGCUUUUUUCUUACAUAUCAAUUGGAGGCGAUGAUCGGGAAAGAGGGAUUUGAAAAUUUGAAAGGGACAGUUAAAUGGCAGAAUCUGUUGGAUUUUGUUCACUCUGCUCCUGAGAGACUUUGUUUAUCUGUUGAAGGUAGCCAUUUCUUCUUUGUUGGAGAAAGUUCUGCCCGGCAAGUAGCAGAUAAGGUUGUUAGACUCUUUCGCGAUUCAAAGGAAUUCCAAAAAGAGCUGUUUGAAAUGAUAAUGUAG